CUCUCGUUUACUUUGCCUUCCCGAGAGAGAGAGAGAUAAGGUUUCGCAUCUUAAAGGUCUUCUCUCUCUUCCAUCCUCUCCUCUCUUCUCUCUCUCGCCGCCGUCAAUGCUUCGGUUUCGAUUCUCCUCUUCCUCUUGACCUUCCUUCUUCUUCUGAGGUCAACGCCGAAGCUGAGGUCAACGACGACUCCAGAACUCUCCAGAAACAUCCAUCCCCUCAUGGACUCUGCUUUCACAACCGCCGCUGUGGUUACGGGAGAGAAUGGGUUUACGGUGGAUCCUUUUCUCGUCGAGGCUUUGCAGAACCCUCGCCAUCGCCUGACGAUUUUGCGGAUGGAGCUUGACGUUCAACGGUUCUUACAGAGCCAAGAGCAGCAGCAGUUCGAGUUCCAGCGUUUUCCUACUUCCUAUCUCCGCCUUGCAGCUCACCGUGUUGCUAGCCACUACGGACUAGCUACAUCUGUUCAAGACGGCGGCGUUGAUGGGAGCGAGAACAUAAUCCUCGUGACUAAAACAGCGGUGAGCAAGUUUCCUACUGUUAAGUUGUCUGAUAUCCCCGCGGCUAAGCAAUCAGAGAGUGGUAAGUUUGAGCACAUGAAAGUCUCCAUCAAGACUCGACCUUCCAAAGGAUCUGGAUUCGAGGGUGGUGAAGCUGAGAAGAAACGUGGUCCUCUUAGGAGUGUGGAAGAGAGGAAAGAAGACUAUGACAGAGCGCGAGCGCGCAUAUUCAACGGUCUCACUUGCUUCAGUGGUGAUGAGUCUGAAACUCAGGUUUAUGAGAGGAGUCCAAGUCUUGGCAAAGAUGACAGUCCAGCACCUACUAAGAACUUAACCCUCAGGGAAACUGGUCCAACCUCUCGUGUUGCGAUUCUUAGAGACAGUGAGAAAGAUCGGUUUGAUCCUGACUAUGACCGCAAUUACAAAAGGUACAUAAGGAGCCUUCCGGUUAAUCAGAAUUCUCAUCCACCACCCUUCAACAUGAUGCAGCCACCGUACUACCAAAUGGGAUUUACCGGAUACAACCAUAUCCCAAAUAGUCAUGCUUCUCUCAACUUUGGACUACCUGGGAACGCUAUCAUGAGUCCUUAUGGCACCACUGUUGUACAUCCAGGGGAUGCAAUGUAUAUGCAAGUGCCUAUGAUGUAUGCUCAUUCGUAUGAGCAGCUCAGAAACGCUUCUCUUCAGGCACAGUUCUGUCAGCAACCCUUGAGCUUCGAGUACAUGCAGAACCGCUAGGCAUUUACUGUUAGGCUUUAAGCCCUCGGUCGAUCUUUAUCUCUGUUUACCUGCUUUUUUAUUAUAAGAACCUAUUAUUGUUGUAAUGGAAAUUUUUGAAAUGUAAUGUCGGAAGGAAGAAGAUAAUCCUUUUAUUUUCUCCUAAACUUAUCAGUGAAUUAUUAAUUUUAUGGGUCAAAUCGGUU